AUGCCGAGACAUAUCCUCCAGGUCUCAUUAAAAGACAAAAUCAGGAAUGAGGUAAUACGCAGCAGAUGUGGUAUCACAGAUAUAGUAGAGAAAGUCCAAGAGGCUACACUAAGGUGGUUCGAUCAUGUGUUGAGGAACCUUAGUGUGGAAGGUGACAGAGGUAGAGGAAGACCGCUUCAGAGAUGGAGCGAUAACAUCAAGAAGGACCUCGAGGAAAAAGGAUUAGCCGAAGGAGAUGUGGUGGACAGGGUUAGGUGGAGGAGAGCAACCAAAGCAGCUGACCCCAGGACAGUCUGGGACUAA